AUGCAAGGCUUUGGUGAACCUGAUCGAGUAGAAAAUGCAAUGUGUGACGACGACUCUGACCAGGAGCCCGUUGAUAUCAUUGGGGACAGCGACGAUGACACAUGUGCCAAUCCACCGCAGCAGCAUGGGCCUUCAAGUUCUGCUUCUCAGCAGUACCCUCCACACUUCUCCACACUAAACUUGGACGUUCUGGGUCAACAGGAGGACGGUGGUAACACAAAUAAAGAUGAGGCUGUGCUGAGUGUGAAGGACUAUAGCAUCCGGCGAGGUGUUGAGUACAUAGUCAUCGAAUCAGAUCAUCUGAAGUAUCAUGGAAAAUGCAAGCAAUUCGGCAAGGGUUGUACUUGGUUGAUUCGCAUUGCGCUGCAUGCACGAAAGGGCACUUGGGAGGUUAGGAGGUACAACGGGCCACACACAUGCUUGGCAACCUCUAUUUCCAGUGAUCACCGUCAGUUGGAUUACCACGUUAUCUGUGCGAGGAAUCUUCCGUUGGUUAGGGCAGAUGCUGCGGUUAAGGUAAAGGUAUUGCAACAAGCUACAGAAGCCGAUUAUGGUUUCAGGCCUAGUUACAGGAAUGUUUGGAUGGCCAAACAGAAGGCAGUGGCACAAAUAUAUGAAGAUUGGAAAGAGUCGUACGCAGAGUUACCACGUUGGAUGCUAGGAGUACAGCCAACAAUGGCCGGAACAAUAACCGUGUUGAAGACCUCUCCUGUUCGACUUCGUGGUGAGGUUGAUGAGUUGACGGUGUACUUUCACCGACUAUUCUGGACAUUCCCACCCUGUAUCGAGGCAUUCCGUCAUUGCAAGCCCCUCGUCAGUAUUAACGGUACCCGCUUGUAUGGCAAGUAUGGAGGGACGCUGUUGUUGGCGAUAGCGCAGGAUGAAAACUCGAACAUCCUCCCGAUAGCAUUCGCCCUUGUGGAAGGAGAAAAUGCAGAGUCGUGGUCAUUUUUCUUGUCCAACCUACGAGAGAAUGUGACUACUCAGGAGGGUAUCCUUGUUAUCUCUGACAGGCAUAAUGGGAUCAAGGCAGCACUUGAGGCACCUGAGAAUGGGUGGCUGCCUCCACGUGCUUUCCGAGCAUAUUGUAAGGACUCAAGGAGGAUGUUGGUGAAUGCUGCCUACGCAAAGACUGAAGCAGAGUUUUAUUACUGGUUUUACAUCAUGCGGACUGAGAAUCCAGCAAUGUGUGAAUGGGCCAAUCGGAUGGAGUACGACAAAUGGACCCAGCAUGAGGAUAGUGGUAGACGUUUAGGGCACAUGACAACCAACAUCAAUGAAUGUGUGAACUCGGGUUUUCUUCCGCCUAUCCCAGAAGGCCUUUGGCCGCCAUAUGAUGGGCCAACUAUCAUUCCUGACCCUAAUAUGAGGCAUGCAAAGGAAGGUCAUCCAAGAGCAAUCAGGAUCCGUGGUAGUAUGGAUCAGUCGCUGGAGAACCAGCCGAAGCGCUGUGGACUAUGCCGUCAGCCUGGGCAUACGCGGAAGAACUGUGACUAG